AUGGCGACCUUCGCCAGCCUCGGGGACGAGCUUCUAGCGCACGUCCUCGCGUUCGCAGCGCCCCGCGACGUGGAGUCGCUGACUGUAGCAUCGUCUGCUGUCGCGCGCGACGUAGUUCCGUGGUUCCCUUCCAUCUGGAAGAAUAUUUUCCUCAGGCGGUGGGAGGCGCUCAACUUCCCACUGGACGGCGUGGCGCAGGGCGAAGCGCUGCUUCAGAUCGACGGAAACCUAGACGCGUUGUUCCCCAGUUCGUGCACUGAAAGCCGCAAGUUCCAGUUGCUGGCCCACGCCGUUAUCCCCGUGCCGUCCCAUGCCGAUAUUAAGGAGACGCAGAAGGCUCUCGGAUACACAGAUGCAUACCACCGGAUUAUUUCACUGCAGGCGCCAGACUUGAGAGCGGCACACUCAGUCGACUUCGCUCUGGAUGGAGGGAUGCUUGGUGACGAUCGAUGCGUUCGGGCUAAUAUGCCCUUCCCGACGACAUUUCAUGUCGUCAUAUACAAGCGCGAACCGACAGAAAGUGACAAAGCACAGGGUCAAACCCGGCCGGUUUAUCGGGUCGGAGUUGUUCCUGGUGGAUACUUCGAGCUGACCUUGUCGAAGCGGCAGCAUCGACAUGCCGCUCCUUCGUGGUUUGGGCAAGAUUCGAUGACAUCGAUAGGUCUGGUGGGCUCCAAGUUUCCGCUUGUUGGUAAGCAACCAGGCUGGACACGGAGAUCAUACGGCUACCACGGCGACGACGGACGCUUCUACCACGGAACUCCGUUUGAGCAGGGUCACCCGUUUGGUCCAAUGUUCAAGGCCGGGGGCACAGUUGGUUGCGGCAUCCGCAUUAACCCGAAUACCGGGACUAUGUUUCUGUUUUUCACACAUAAUGGUGAGCUUAUAUCAGGCGAGGAUGGCGCUCUCGUGGAGUGCGAGCAUCGGAACUGGUACCCAGCGGUUGGACUGGACUCGUACGACGCGUUACACCUCAACUUUGGACAAGAGCCCUUCGUUUACAACGCCAUUGCAGACGAGCUCUUCGAAGAGUGCAGCGGCAUGGCGGUUGCUGUUUCGGAACAACUGCAAUGGUACGACAUCGGUGACUCGGACGGCGAGAGCUCUGAGGACGAAGAACGGGGAGACGAUGAUAAUUCGGGUGACGACAUUGGGUCGGAUAUGUCCGACGAAGAUAUCAGCGCCAGGCUGAUCAUGCGCAUUUUGGCGAUGCGUCAAGCAGGCAUGGACGUCGCUUUAUAA